AUGUCGAGGGCUGAGAAAUUCGAAGACGAGAAGAGACGGAUCAUUCAAAGCUGCUUCGCAAAGAAAGAUGGAGAUGGCUCUUUGGUUGAAUCCUAUAUCACACAUGUUCGCAUCACAGAAGAUGCCGCGUACCCAUCAUCACCGGCUCCUCCAAAUUCGCCGCCCGAAAAUAAAAAGCCUCGAGCGAUAAUUGUUUCUGUGAGAAGGUCAGGUAGGGUACGCGUGCACAAAGCAAGAGAGAAUAACGAUGGUUCAUUUUCCAUUGGCAAGACAUGGAUGCUAGACGACUUGUCUGCAAUACAGUCGUACACUGCUUGGGUACCAUCAUCUCCAAUGGAACAACAGCAAAAGCAGUGGGCUUCGAAUGUUGGCUUUAUGGUGACUGUUGGGAAACCCUACUACUGGCAUGCUAGGACAUCUAAAGAGAAGGAUUUCUUCAUAGGUAGUCUGGUGAAGAUCUACCGAAAAUAUACCGGCGGAAAGGUACCGGAGCUGAUAGGCUUCGAUGAUCGUGAGCGACAGUUGCUAGCUGGGAUGGCCCCCUCGGGUGCCAAACCUCCUGGCCAAGGACCCCCGCGACCUGAAGUGGCACUUCCUCCUCCAGGUCCACCACAUUCAUCCCAUGGUAGCCGGCCUCAGUCCCCUUAUUCGAGUCGUGCCCCCAGUCGCGAUGGGCCCCGACGGCUACCCUCUGAGGAGCAGUCCCUAAGAGCUCAACGAAGUCGGGAUCAAAUGGGGAGACCAUCCACAGCCCAGUCUGGUCACUCUGGGAGAAGUAUUCCCCCACCCCCACCACUUGUUCCUCCUCAACAUCCCCCACCCGUACCCCCUGACCAGCGAGACCAGCCACCUCCUCGGUCAGUUGAGCGUCUUGCAUCCGAAAAUAGGAUACACAAGUCACCAGUAUCUCCCGAAUCGAGGGGUCUAGAUAUCCCCACCAGCUUACUGGCCGCUUCGGCUUCGAGUCAGCGAGAUAGACCAGGUGGAGAGACUGAUCGUAGCCUAGCCACACGCCCAGAGGCCCGGCCACCACCAUCACGCGAUGGGAAGGGCAUGCCAGAGUCAGAGCUUCAUACUCAGGACUUAGCGUUCAAUUUACCUAGGCACAACAAAGACGGCUCCCGGCCUACAACUGCUCAGUCGGCCCAGGCUGAAAGUCGAAAUGCUAACCCAAGUCCGGUCAGCAACCUGGGACCGAAACCAGCCUUCAAUGAGAACAGUACUGAGGCUUUCAGUCCCGAGGUUCCCACAGAGUCCCAUGAUAACAAUAUAUCCGACCGCGCCCCCGAUAUACAGCCUGUCGAAGUACCACCUGCGUUGAAGCUGCCCUCGUCAGGUGCUGAUAACAGUCCAGCACCGGCCGAGGUUGAGGUAAUGGCAUUAUCAGUAUCCACCAAAGAAUCACAGCUCAACGAACCGGUCCAGGAGAGUGGGCCAAUGUCUCCAUCAGCCAGUCCCCAUGAGACCCCCACAUCGCCCGUUGAAGAUGAUAUGGACGCACACCGCCCAGGUCUUGGGCCUAUGAUCAAGAAAAAGCAAAAUAUGGAGGUUACAGGCGCACUUCGUAAGGCCGCUACUGCCUAUGGGGCUUUCAAGCCGAGACCCGGAGGUGCUGGUGAGAGGCUAUUAGCCGCCGCAAAGAAACAAAAAGCCGAGGAAUCUCAAGAACCCGAUGGAAUUACUGGGGUUGUGCCCGCGCCCUCUCUCCGUACAGCCAUUGACCUCGUGGCCUCUCCCGAAACACCGGAUAAAGAGAUACCGUCUUUUGCAUCUCCAGUGAAGGAGGUACCAUCUCCAGCUAAAUCUCCUAUACUAGAGCCACCUACUGUAGAAGUAACACAAGCCGCCUCCGAGGAGACUGCUGUCACCCCCGUUCAGACUCCAGAGAAUCCGAGAGACACCUCAAGAGCCAUUGUGAAAGUCGUUGCAGACGAAAGAGCGAGGUCCGUAUCUCCGUCUCCUCAUGAUCGGCGUCGCAGACGUCACGAAGACAACACGAUCAAAUACUGCCAGGCACUUGGGAUUGAUCCCAGCAGUGUUGAUGGGCGUGGUGUGGAUUUCGACGACAUAUUGACCGACCUUGGAUGGAAUGGGCGCUUGAAUGACGAGAAAAAAAUUGAGGAUCUUGAGGCGGAUGUCCGUCGUGAGAUCGGUCGUGUCGAGGCUACUAGCUGGCUAGGUAAUCUUGAACAGCAGGAGGGCAAAAUUGAUCAGCUUGCCAAGUUGAUCGAUAAAACUAUCGAGGAGUGUGAAGAGUUGGAUAAUCUUCUAACUCUGUAUUCGCAUGAGCUCAAUACGCUUCAUGAUGAUGUAGCAUAUAUAGAAACACAAUCUCAAGGUCUGCAAGUGCAGACUGCCAACCAGAAACUACUCCAUAACGAGCUCCAAAAUCUUCUGAAAACACUUUCUAUCUCAUCUGUUGACUUACGGUCUCUGAAAGAAGCGUCGCUGAGUAACCCUGAUGGGCUGAGGGAUACUGAGUCUGCAUUAUCAACAUUGUACAAAGCUAUGCUGAUGAUCGACUCUGAUAUAUGGCAAAAUAAGAAGCGAUUGGUCGAUGCAGCAGGGGAUCAUGGCAGCGUGGGCGUGUAUGCUGAUACAGAAAUUGGCCAGAUGCGUGCAAUCAAAGAGAAGAAGGAAGAGUUUCGCUCGGAGUCUCGGUUGUUUCUGCAGCGACUCAAGCAGUUUAUGGUUAUUGCUUAUAAGGUUGCUGAACAGAAAAGGGUUGACGCUGCUGCUCAUACCCCAAAAGAUCCCAUGAAGCUCGACAGCGAAGCACGAGAAUACUUCCGCCGAGAGCUAUGGAUGUAUAACGCUCUAAUGCUCUUUGCAAGAGAAGUUAGCGGAGCAGAGUGGCAUGGGCUUAUCAAUCUGUACGAACAACAGGCUAAACAGCCUUAUCAGAAUGAGUUCCGUGACAACGGCUUUGCUUGGAAAAAGGCGUCAAGGAAGCCUUCUGGAGAGGAGCAGGAGCUUCUAUUUACACACCAGGAGAAAGAAAAAGAAAGCGAGGGCAUCACUUUGGCCGCCCGGAAACUAACGGUGAAACGAGGCAAGACUAUGAGAGCUGCAGCAGGUCUCAGGAUCCCUUCCAGUGACAAGCAGCACGGAAAGCUAGAGCCUUACGAAGUGUUUGCGGGCGCACUUCAUGAGGCCUUAGGCAUGAUAUCCGAGGAGCAAAACUUUCUAGUUCAUUUCUUUCACCUAAGCUCACUCUCACACAUCGAUUUCCCUGAUCUCAUCGCUUCUGCCGACCCGGAUGAGCGUCAGUUACCCGAUUUUAGCGCUAAGCAGUUGCACGACCCGGAUCGAGGGAUGGCAAGGAAAGUGGAACAGAUUAUGGACGAGUUAUUUUCAUUCUGGCCGAUUGAGAUGCAGAACCUCGUGGAUUGGUCCAUCAAAUCUGAUCCUCUGCAAGGAAUUGGUAUCCUGUACGCUUUGGAGAAGGCUGUUUUGGAUUUGGAAGACACCAAUCAAGACUUUAUUAUCCACUCGCUCCAGAAGCUCCAUUCUCGGUUGAUCGGCCUGUUCAAUCGGUUUGUGGACGAACAGAUCCGUGGAAUCGAAGAUACCAAGGUCAAGGUGAACAAGCGAAGGGGGGUUAUUUCCUUCAUGCGAGUCUUCCCCCAUUUUUCCACGGCUGUUGAAAACAUGCUGUCACAACCGUCACAAGAGUUCUGCGAUAUUCGAAUCAGUGUGAAUGAAGCGUACAACCGCAUCAACCGCGCUAUGUGGGAGUCACUUAAGUUUAUCGCCAAAGAGGCUCCUGGCCAACCGAAUGGCGCAGCGGCAACGUCAGGCGACCCGGAAGAUAAGGAAGCGCUAAAUUAUCACAUUCUCCUGAUCGAGAACAUGAACCAUUAUAUCGAGGAGGUGGACGUUCGAGGCCUGCCCGUUCUAGAAAAAUGGCGCGAACGGGCAUAUCAAGAUUAUCACGAGCAUAUGAAGCUCUAUCUAGACUCUGUCAUCCACCGGCCACUGGGAAAGUUACUCGAGUUUGUUGAAUCAGCGGAAAGUCUACUGGCGGCUACUAGCAACCCAACCGAUAUCUCAAGCCGUCCUAGUCACUCACGGUCUGUCGCAAAGAAAGUGCUGGCCACAUACGAUGCGAAAGAAAUGCGACGUGGAAUUGAGUCACUUAAGAAGCGGGUAGAGAAGCACUUUGGAGAUGCCGACGACCCUGGACUCAGCCGAAGCCUAGUGUUGAAGGUGCUUCGAGAAUGUGAAAGUCGGUAUGAGGGAGCGUAUGACCGCACCCGACGCGUCCUCAAUACGGUGUACGAGGGCCAGUUGGACCUCGAAUGGCGCAAGGAGGACGCCAUUGCCAUGUUCAAGAAGUAA